GGUAUUGAAGCCAUUUGGCUUGAGCUCUUAUUCCCCCGAUCUAGCCCGUGCUUUGUUUGUUUUAUUUACCGUCCUCCUUCUUCUACUGCAUACAUAGCUCUUUUGGACGAAAUGUUUUCACAUGCUAGCUCAGCAAUAAGCCAACAGGUUGUGGUGCUCGGUGAUCUUAAUUUUGAUCUCCUCGAAAGGCCUCUUCCUGCGCCAAUCAAGCAGUAUUUAUCCAUCUUUGAUUCGCUUGGUUAUCAACAGCUUAUAACCAAAUCAACCAGACCGAUUUCCAACUCCUUGUGGUCCAGCCACAUUUUUGUUUCGAGCUCUGAUUUUGUUAUCGAGUCAGACACUGUUUCUAAUACUGCGAAUGAUCACCUCCCUAUUUUUGUCGCUUGGAAACUCAGAGCAGGUUAUUCUAGGCCGACUGGUCAUAAGGUUUUACGUUUUCGAUCUCGUAAAAACUUCUGUACUGAAUCAUUUAUGCAUGACUUGUCACUUGUUCCUUGGAGCACACUUGAUAUAUACGAUGAUGUAAAUGAUGCUCUUGAUCAAUGGUAUAAAUUAUUUAAUGACAUUCUUACUGUGCACGCGCCUAUUAAAGAACAUCGCAUAAAGCGCCCUCUUAAACUUGAUUGGUUCAAUGCUGAAAUAAGUGCUGCAAUUAAAGCGCGCAACUGCCUCCACCGCAUUGCUACUUCGCUGAAAACUGACACCUCCUGGAGUGAAUAUCGCCGCGCGCGAAAUCAUGUUCACUUAAUAAGAAAAGCUAAAAAGACCUUCUAUAAUGACGCAAUUAAGAACAACCUUGAAAAUCCCAAAAAUCUUUGGAAAAUAAUACGUAAAAUCUCUCCAUCAAAACAUGUCAAUCUCCCUAAUCGCUUAACUGUUAAUGACACUUUAUACGAAGACACUUUUGAUAUAGCUAAUUCUUUCAAUAAACAUUUUUCCAAUAUAUCUUCUCAAGUUUCUAUUGAUGCUGUCCCUGAAUUUCCGGACUGGUCUGUCCUAACUAAUUUUAUUAAUUCUAAACAUCAACCUGGUUCCUACUUUUCAAUUCCUCCGAUUUCAGAAGACUUUGUCCUUAAUAGCCUCUCUCGUUUAGACAUUGGUAAGGCUGCCGGGUUGGACGAGUUGAACGGUUUUUUUUAUCAGAUCAGCAGCUCCUAAAAUUUUCCUUUCCUUGACUAAAAUCCUAAACCUGAGUAUUUCCUCUUGUGUUUUUCCUGAUCCUUGGAAAAGUGCGAAAGUGUCACCACUUUUUAAGGAUGGGUCUCUUUUUGACCGUACGAAUUUUCGUCCCAUCUCCGUACUUUGUAUCCUAUCUAAAGUUCUCGAGCGCCACACCCAUACUAGUUUUUAUUAUUUUCUUACUUCACAAGACCUUCUGACAGAUUUUCAAUUUGGUUUCCGGUGGUUCCGUUCAUGCGAACUGGCCACUAUAAAUCUCUCUGAUUCCAUUCUAAAGAAUAUGGAUAGUGGACUUCUAAGUGGUAUGCUCCUGAUUGACCUGAAGAAGGCUUUUGAUUUGGUUGAUCACAACACCCUCCUAUUGAAGCUUGGUUUGUAUGGGUGCGAUGAACUAACACUCAAAUGGUUUAAGUCUUACCUUUCUGGACACACUCAGAAAACGUGCUUCAAAGGAGUUUUAUCGAAUGCACUACCCAUUAAUGUGGGAGUUCCACAAGGCAGUAUUCUCGGUCCUUUGUUUUUCCUUCUAUUCAUCAAUGACUUGCCCCUUUUUCUCUCCUCUGACCUUGUUACCGAUACUACAAUGUUUGCAGACGAUACCACAUUUGUGAUUUCCGGCCCCAGUGUGCCUGAUGUUGAACUUAAACUAAAUAAACUGGCAAUCGAUGUACAUAAAUGGGCUACACUAAAUCGUAUGGUACUCAACACCAAGAAAACUAAAUCAAUGUUAAUUGGUUCCCACCAAAAAAUAUCAAAUCUGGCUGAAUCCUCUCUUUCAGUAACCUUAAACAGUUGUCCAAUUGAGCAAGUAAACAGUGCGCGGGUUCUUGGAGUGGUGUUUGAUAACCACCUCACCUGGGAACCUCAUGUCGAGCACUUAUGCAAAAAGAUUAAUAGCCGCAUAUCCCUACUACGCCGUAUUGCUCCCUUCCUGACGCCAGCUGGUGCAAUACAUUACUACAAUGCCUGUAUUCAUAGUCAGUUCCUCUACUGUGCUAGCGUUUGGGGCAACUGCUCACAAACCCUCCAGCUUUAACUUCUACGCUCUCAGAAGCGCGCUGCGCGCACUAUUUUGUCUGAAGAUUUUUCCGUCCCGUCUGUUUCGCUCUUUUCUCGUCUAAACUGGCUCCCCAUUUGGGAUUUGAUAAAGCAAAGGAAAUUAUUGACUCUUUUUUCAAUCCUGAUUAAUCCGGAUUCCCCUCUUUGUUUGCGUUCAAAGUUUUCUUUUGUUUCGCAUGAACGGAGAACGAGAUCGUCGACUUCACACAAUCUCGUGCUCCCCCAGCCCAGGACUGAUGCUGGCAAACGCACCUUUUCCUUUUCUGCAGUUUCUCUUUUUAACCUUCUACCCCCCAGCCUUAAACAACUUGCUGUCUCCCGUAUUUUAAAUCUCAAUCAACUACAAAACGUUACAAGUCUUGCUAAGAAAAAAGUCUGUGAUAUUUUCCACUCUCACCUUAACUCAGUAUCUCACUUAAAACAACUUUUUUGCCAUACAUGCCGUUUUUAUAUAGACUGCCGCUGUUACUUAUCCUAAAACCGGUUAUCCAUUCUCAUGUUAAUUGUUAUUGCAUGUUAAUUAAUGUUUGUCUGUUUGUACUUGUUUCUAUGUUGACGUCUACCUGUUUUUGUAGUUAGUUUUUAGUUGCUUUAUCAAGAUGUAGUAUUAGUGAUGUCUUGUAUAGUUUAAUUUCCAAGUUUCCCCUUUGUAUUUCCGUAAAUGUCUAACAUAGUUUUUUAUUAUUAUCAUAGGUACUUAGAUAUAGGGAGGGCCAUAUAUUAUAAAACUGUAAAAGGUUAAUAUGAAACCCUCCUUAAAUAAAGUUUAUUGUAUUGUAUUGUAUUGUAUUGUACUGUAUUGUAUUGUAUUGUAUUGUAAUAAACCUCUACCAGACUAGCGGUUUGUAGGGACUAAGGCGUAGGAGUUCUUCCUCAAUAUGUGCCAUAUAAAUGGCAGAGAAAGCUACGGCCAUUUUAGUACCCAUCUCGAUGCCGUGCGUUUGUAGGUAGUGCUUGUCAUUGAACUUGAAAGAGUUUUCGUUCAGUAUAAGCCCCAUAAGUUCCCUCAGAGAUUCUGUGGGGACGGGUAGCGCGGGGUUAUAGUGUUGUUCGUAUUGUUGACAGACUACUUCCAUACUUUCACCUUGGGGGAUGUUGUUAUAGAGAGCACAAACAUCGAACGAUGUUAAAAACGUCAGGGAUGACUGUUGACUCGAUAAAGUUGAUAAAGUGCGUUGUGUCCUUGAGAUAAGACUUUUGUUUUUGCGCUAUAGGUUGUAGAAGUGAAUCUACAAAGAUAUAUACGAUAUACGCUCUGUGGGGCCCCGCUCCCUGAAACGAUUGGUCAGCCUAUCGGAACUUUCUUGUGAAUUUUAGUGAGUGUAAAAUUCGGGUAUCCGGAUAGGUUUUUGACGGUCGUUGAGCCACUUGUAAGUCAUUUUGUCGAUAAAACCGCCUGUUCUCAGUGAAUCAACGAUUCUUUGAGCUUUUUUUUAGCAGUUUCUUCCAAAAUGAUUUAGAAAGCGGUUGAUAAAACUUCUCAUCUAGAAAGUUGUUCGGUGCCUUCUUUGAUUUUUCUAGAAGUGUCGCAAAUGACUGUAGUGGUUCCUUUGUCAGCUUUCUUUAUGAUAUUUUUGAGAUCAUUUAGGGCUUGCCUUUCGCCUGUAGUGAUAUUAUCACUUUGCGCUUCGAAAAAUAAAUAAGCUAAUUCCGAUUUAGUUAGUUCUAAAUAUGUCUCAAGAGCCACGGAGGGCUGUGGUGGCGGUUGCCUUAGAGACUUAACAAAGAACUGGUGUGGCUCGGAUUUGAAAUCAGCGUAUUUGUAUUGAAGUCGCAUUGUGCGGGCGAAGACUUUAAAGUCUUUGAGCAAGCUUUUGUUAGAAGCUGGUAUAGGAGGGGUAGGGAUAAAUUUUAACCCUUUUGCUAGUAGACGUGAUUCAUGAGGUGACAAAACCUUUGAUGACAUAUUAUUUAUAUGUCGAGUAUGGUGGAAUUUGUCGUUCUUUAAUAAUUUGCGUCUACAGGAGCGUUUGCUCGACCUGUAGGUUUAGCGCUUUUUGGUGCGUGCUAGGUGUUUUGAGUCAUUUAGAACACAUUUGUACAGCUAAUUUCUUGUUUUAUUUGAUUACUCAAAAUUAUUACAAGAUGAUUUGAGGCUGCUUAGAAGUGUCUGAAGCUCGUUAAACUUUUCCUGCACGGUGGCUAGGUCUGGCAUUUUCUGCUGUGGUCUGUGAGGUCGUUUGGUCGAUCUUUUCGAGGCAGCAGAGAUUCUCUUGUGUAGGUCUAGGUCUGUGGAGGGAACUUUGGCUUCGAGGGAGCGCAAGGUGGCAUCGUCCUCAGCAAUGUUUUUCUCCUGUUGGUUGACCAUAAGGUUGAGAAUUUCCUGUUCUGCUUCGCGGCAGAUCUCAGUCAUCGCGGCCUGGAAGGCUCUGUCUUGCCUGAUGUGGGGCCUUGGUCUGUACUGAAGGCCGCUCGGACAGGUAGACUUUGCGAUGCACUCGCGGAGUUUAGUAGCUGACUGGGAGGUUUUGGCCUUGCACGUAUUCUUACUUUUCUCGCAAAAGUAGAUUGCAUGCAGCUAAAACAAAAAAAAAAAAAAUCCCGAAACCAAACAAAAAAAAAUAAACUGGCUUAUGACAGCCAAGCGUUCAUAGCGACGUCGCUUUUUUAUCCUUCGAUGUCGGCUUUUCCUAUCAUUGCGAAACAGAAUUCGCCAAGUGUUGGAUUGUUCACCCA